AGCGCAAACCGCAACCAACGGUGGUGAUAAGCCUUAGGCCAAAAAGCUCGCCCUCUCAGAUCCAACUCUCUUCUCUUUCCUCUCAUCUCUCAAUCUCUCUCAUUCUUCUCCAGCGUCCGAUCACUCUCUUCUACAAAAACAAUUCCACCAAUCCCCUUUCUCCUUGUCCCUCUCUCUCCUCAACGCGCGCCAAAUACAAAACUAACAAAACCACAGCCUCUUUAACCUCCACUCUCUAUCCACAGUGAUCUAGGGUUUUUUCUUGGGGGUGGGGAUGGCGGAGGCUCCGACAAGUCCAGCGGGUGGGAGUCACGAGAGCGGCGGCGAUCAGAGCCCACGCUCGGCGGGGGUGCGUGAGCAGGACCGCUAUUUACCGAUCGCGAACAUCAGUAGAAUCAUGAAGAAAGCGUUGCCAGCCAACGGCAAGAUCGCCAAGGACGCUAAGGACACCAUGCAGGAAUGCGUCUCCGAAUUCAUCAGCUUCAUCACCAGCGAGGCGAGCGAUAAGUGCCAGAAGGAGAAGAGGAAGACCAUUAAUGGCGAUGAUUUGUUGUGGGCAAUGGCAACGUUGGGGUUUGAGGACUAUAUCGAGCCACUAAAGGUGUACCUAGCUAGGUACAGAGAGUUAGAGGGUGAUUCCAAAGGAUCUGCUAGGGGUGGAGAUGCAUCUGUUAAGAGGGAUGUGGUUGGCGGUCUUGCUGCUCAAAAUCCACAGUUUGCUCAUCAGGGGUCAUUGAGCUACAUAAACUCCCAAUUUGCUGAUGCUGAAGGUUAGGACCACAAUCCAAAUCUUCCCUGCCAGAAUCCUGCUUUGGCAGGAGCAAUAAUGGCAUCGUAAAUAUCUGCAAUGACUCCAUUUCUUCUUUCAUAAGCGGUGCAUGGGCAUGUGGUGAUUCAUUCUGUUUGAGACAAGUAGGGAGCGUUUCCGUUAACUGCCUUUGCCGAUUAUAAGGCUGGUAAAAUUAUCUAGUUCCAGCACCAAUAGCUUUUUUUAUGUGGAUUUAUCAUUUUUUUUUUUAAUCCAAAAUACUCUAUAUACAGUUCGGAACCUUUGUUUUGGUCAUAGGGGCGGAUGGGAGGGGAUGGUUUUUUUUUUUAAGAAUUGGUCUCGUUACCAGAACAGAUUUUGAGUCUGAGAAGGUCUGUAAAUUAGUUUGCCUGACGAUGUAAAAAAUUGCGGGAAUAUGUGGGAGAGUUGGUAAGAAGACCUGCCCUUAUGUUUGGCUUUGGAUAAUUGAUCAUCAAUGAAAUCUGCUGCAUAUCGUGCCUAUAAGGCUAUACCCCAAAAA